AUGGAUCGACUGGACCCAUUUUACGUAGUACGUGACGAAGUUAUUAAAUCACUGACACAAGCCCAAGUGGAGUAUGAAGCAUGGAAGCAUGAGGUUGUUGCGAAAUCGGUUAAUAUCAAACCCGCCGAGAUGGCUUUGAGAGAAACUAUCAAGAAUAUCGACUGGGAUCUUGAGGAUCUCCAGGAAACUGUUCUUAUUGUGGAGAAAAACCCAACCAAGUUCUACAUAAGUGGUGAAGAAUUGCGGUCGCGUCAACGCUUCUUACAAGAGGUGAAAUCGGUCGUAAAAGAUGUAAAGGAUCAGCUUUACGAUCCAAGUGGUCUGAUUUCUGGUAAUCACAAACGCAUCAACUUCGACGUGCCAAACACGGUUAAAGUAUCUCCCACUCGCGUUAGUGGAAUGAAUGGCAAAAGUUCACUAGCUCUGCCCGGUUCUGCCAAGCCCGCAUCUGAUAGUGGUUUUACGCAGGACCUUAAGCGGCGCAGCGAACAUCCCGGCAUGGAUGCUCCCGGUCUACUAGCCGAUCAGCAGGCGAUGCUGAAGGAGCAGGACGAGCACUUGGACCAGUUGGGCUCGAGUAUUUCCCGGCUGAAACAAAUGUCUCAUCGUAUCGGUGGCGAGUUAGGUGACCAGGUGGCUCUGUUAGACGAAUUUGGCGAAGAGAUGGCCAGCACAGAGUCUCGAAUGGAUAGUGCACUGCGGCGGGCCUCCCGACUACUCCACAUCGAUUCGUCUCGAAGCCAGUGGUACGCCAUUGGCGGUCUUCUGCUGAUCCUCUUCAUCAUUCUCCUUCUCUUCGCCGUCCUUUGA